AUGCCGAGCGGGACUGCAACAGGUGACUUUGGCCCAGCACCCCCUGGGCUAGAUCUGGCAGAGAACCAGACAGGCAAUUUAUUGGGAGCAGUGGUUCCUGUAGCGGUGCUCGCAACCACUGCAGUUGCAUUACGGAUAGUUGGGCCAAUCAAGAAGAAAGAUGUCAGAAAAUUAGCUGUCGAUGACUACUUGAUCAUCGCCGGCCUUUUAUUCUCUUGGGGAACCGCAAUAUCCUGUUUUAUAAGCAUUCCGUAUGGCAACGGCUAUCAUUUGCAAUCCGUAACAAAAGCAGAAUUCAUUACUAUUUGGAAGAUACUCUUUUCCUAUGUCAUGAUUUACGCUACCGCCGUCACCUGCACCAAAGCCUCGAUCCUCUGUUUCUACGGCCGCAUAUUCAGCUUUCGCUGGUCACUAAGCGUCUGUAUGUUUCUGGUCGUUGGAUACUGGGUUGCCAUUAUCGUCACGGUUGCAAUGGCCUGCCGACCACUGCCAUAUUUUUGGCUACUCUACACUGAUCCAACGGCUACUGGUGUAUGCAUCGACGUUCCCACGUUCUUUUUUGCCAAUGGAAUCGGCGCCAUGGUGAUUGAUGUGAUAAUUCUGUGCAUACCGAUGCCAACAAUCUACAAGUUGCAGAUGCAGUUGUCGCAGAAGGUAGCGAUCGUGGGUAUCUUACUCUUAGGAAGUUUUGUCUGCGUGGCAAGCAUUUGCCGGAUUAUCACGUUUCAGAUCAACUCCGAGGGCACCGAUACUACGUGGACUAUUGCGCCUGUCUUCAUUUGGUCGUCUGUGGAACCCUUUGUUGGGAUUAUCUGCGCAUGUCUCCCCACCUUUGGGCCAUUCUUCCGUCGGUGGUGGCCCAAAGUUCAGACAGCGCGCUCGUCCAACAGUCAUAGUACCGGUGCAAGCACCGAACGUUCAUCUGACAAGAUGACCUGGCUUCGGAAACAUCGAGCAAAAAAGACACCCAAGGACUCAUUAUUUAGUAUCAAUGACUUUGGAUGUGUAGAUGAGGUUCAAUUGAUGAACGACAUAAAUGCCACUCGGUCGCUCGGGGACGAGACUACGAGUGAUCAUCAUGAUGUGGAGCGAGGUUGUAUCACGGUUCAACAAGAUGUGGAAGUGACAUGGGCCAAGUACAAAUCAGGCAAAAAGUCUGACCUAGCCUUCAAAUAUCACAAAGGCCCCUGA